AUGAAAAGAUAAAUAUUAAAUGAACAAUUAAAAAUGAAAAAGAAUAAGAGUUGCCAAAUUUCUCGAUCCUUUUAGAAUGAAUUUUCACUUGAAAGAAAAUAAAGUAUAUCUUAAAAAAAAGGGAAUAAUGAUACAUCAGGCUCUAUGCAAAUUUUCGAAAUGUGGUCUAAGAAAAUGAAAAAGCAAUGCGAUAAUUAUUUAUAAUCACUUAAACAUAAAUAAGAACAAGAGAUGUAUUAUUAUAUUUAAUUAUUUCAACAGAAAUAAAUCAAAUCAUGUUCCACCAAUUAUGUUGAAGAACAUAGAUAUGAUGAAACGUAGCGAUAAAACCACUCUUCCAAGAUCAAGAAUUACGUCUUUCAAUUAAUAAGAUUUAAAUUAAAGAUCCAUUAAGUAAAUCAUCCAAUAGGAUUAAGAAUAUAUUGGAACUUCAAUAUAUAGUAUUAGUGGCAGAUCAAAUGUCUAACCUUUUUUUUAUCAAAGACAUAAAUUAUCUCCUAUUCGAGAUAUUAAAAAUUGCAUUGAUUAAUGUAAUACUCUACUCCAAGAUGUUUAAAGUAUUAGUAAGUAAAUGAUAUAAAUUAAAAUAGGGAGUUUUAUUAACCUAAACCAGAUAGGUUUAAAUUGUAUGUCUAAAAAAGACAAAAAGAGAAACUCAAGGAAAUGUUUUUAUUAAGAAGAUUAUAGUGA